UCCGGCCGGAAUCCACCAGGCACCUACUGACGAUCCAGGCAGCAGACACCGCGCGCCGCCAUGUCCGGCUGCCCCUGCCCCUGCUCCACCUGCGCCUCCGCAUCGUCUCCCCUGUCCCUCCUGCCUUCCAUCCCCGCCGAUCCCAGACGCAGCAGCUUCGCCUUCCCCUCCUCGCGCGGCGGCCCAAGGCGGAGAGGCCUGCGCGUGGUAGUCGCGGCGAGCAGCAAGGACGAGAAGGCGGAGGCGGAGGAGGGAGACCCGGCGUUCAACCCGUUCGGUUUCGUGACGGAUAACCCGUCGAGCCGCACCGCCAUCCAGCUGCCGGAGUCGCCCGCCCAGGACGGCAAUGUCGGCCAGAUGCUCUACAGGACAGAGGACAAGGGAAGAGAGUACGGCAAGAGCGUGAGAUCAGGAGAGUUCCGAUGGUUCGUCAGAGAAACAGGUUCCCCUGAUGCACGGCGUGGAACUGUGAUGUUUAUUCACGGUGCUCCAACUCAGUCUUUUAGUUAUCGCACAGUGAUGGCUCAGAUGACAGAUGCUGGCUACCACUGCUUUGCUCCUGACUGGAUAGGAUUUGGGUUUAGUGAGAUGCCACAGCCUGGGUACGGAUUUGAUUACAAAGAAGAGGAAUUCCACAAGGCAUUCGAUGAACUUCUUGGCACUCUAAAUAUCACCGAACCAUUCUACUUAGUUGUCCAGGGAUUUAUUGUAGGUUCUUAUGGUCUAACAUGGGCAUUGAAGAACCCGAGCAAACUUCGUAAGGUAGCAAUUCUGAACAGCCCACUUACUGUUUCUUCCCCAGUGCCUGGAGUGAUAAAGCAGCUCAGGUUGCCACUCUUUGGUGAAUUUACUUGCCAAAAUGCUAUUUUGGCUGAAAGAUUCAUUGAAGCAGGUAGCCCCUACGUGCUGAAGUCAGAGAAGGCUGACGUAUACAGAUUACCGUAUCUAUCAAGUGGUGCUCCUGGAUUUGCAUUGCUUGAAGCUGCCAGGAAAGCCAAUUUUCAAGAUGUACUAAGUAGAAUUUCGGCUGGAUUUUCAUCCAACAGCUGGGAAAUACCAAUAUUGCUUGCAUGGGGGGAAUCAGACAAGUACUUACCACUCUCGAUAGCUGAGGAGUUCCAGAAAAGCAACCCGAAAGUGGUGAAACUGAAGACAAUAGAGGGGGCCGGUCAUAUGCCACAGGAGGAUUGGCCAGAGAAGGUGGUGAGCGCCCUGACAUCGUUUCUGUUUUAGUUGACAUCCCACAAGGCCAUCUUACAAGGUGUAGAGAUAAGAGACUGGUCACUUAAUUGCUGUUUCGUCCGUCUAUUUGUACAGGGUGUAAAUGAAAGGUUUCGGGACAGUUUGUAUGUAAUAUAUGAUGUCUGGUUGGACAUCGACAUCACGAGUUAUAUAUGUACAGCCGGUUCUUCAUUGCA